UUGAGAUCAUUUCGAUUUUCAGAGGAAUUUCCUGACCAGUUUUAUAUUAACUCUGUAAACAUUCUGCGAAAUGGCUGGUGAUUCGAUGAAAGAAAAUGGUGAAUCUAGUCAUUGUGAGGAAAGAAGAGUGAAUCGCCUGAAGCUGGAGCAGUGGCUGAACAAAAGCAUGAGAAUCAAAAUGACUGAUGGAAGAACACUUAUUGGUACAUUCUUGUGUACAGACUGUGACUGUAAUAUUAUAAUGGGGUCAUGUGAGGAAUAUUUAAAGUCUCCAGAUGCAGAGCCUAGGGAGGAUCCCAGAAUACUUGGAUUGGCCAUGAUUCCUGGGAAACAUGUUGUAUCUAUAGAGAUAGACGACACUGUGUCAAUGGGAGAAGAAGAUUCAGAGUGCCCAACAAGAAACAACAGUUGUGAUACAGCUGAGACCACAGCCAGCGGGACAGAUAUCAGUACCUCCGUCUCUGACAGUGAGAGAAACAUUGCAGUGGAUUACAUUUCAUCGUGAGACUUUGAUUUGAUCUGCAUUUUGCUUCCAUUGUAGUUGUGGUCUUCUCUUGGGUCGUAUUCUGAACAGGACGCUAUAUCUCCUUGUUAUCAAUCAUUUAAAAUCAGAUAUGCUUAUACAGUUUUACUGUUUCUAUAAAAUAGUUUUUUGAAUUUCUUGAGCUAUGAUAAAAGUGUUAAAAUGUUGUUUUAACUUUCAUGUUGAUGGCCAAAGGAAAUGUAAAACUAUAGGAUUCACAGAUGAAAUGAUAGUUUUUUUGAUCUCUUUGAAACAAAUUUAGCUGUUAUUAAAAUGGUCUAAACAAAUAUGAAUACAUUAAAAAAAUAUUUUUUUUUACACUAUGUUCACUCAUGUUACCAGUUUGUAACAUUUGUAUUAUUAUGUGUCACUUUUUAAUUUGUUUUCCUGUGCUGGUGUGUGUGAAGUGUCCAUAUUAUUCUCUCACCAAGAAAUCAUUUUUUAAAAACUUUCUGUGUUUGCAGUAUCCACUUAAGAUCAAUCAGAAGUCAAUAGAUAAAUUAUUAGAUGAUAAAUAGCCCCAACUAAAACAACAAAUUCAUCAACUUACUGCAGGACUUCAAUGGCAAUUAAAAUUUCUCACAAAGCUUGAAUAUGGCUUGUAGUUGCCAAUUAUAAACUUUGGUUUUUAGUUCUUUCCAUUAAACAACCUUUAUACCCCCCCCCCCUAACGAGCUGAAACAAAGAUCUUACUCUCGAAUGUUUGGCUACAUUCUGAACAUGCUACAGAGGCUGGACACUGUGCCAAUAGCCAUCAACUUUUUGUUACCAUGCAUUUCUUCUUCUUUGAGUUUGUCCUUGAAUUAUUUCAUUUGAUUACAUUGAGUUAGCUGCCCUUUAGUUAGCUGGUGGAAAAGGAUUCAUUCAUUCUGUCGAUGUGGUCUGCCCACUGUCAGGACCUCUGUAUUAUGCAGAUUUUAUUUAAGGCGCUGGUUAUUCAGCUUAUUGGUGAUUUUUUUUUAUAGUGCUCAUAUUUUAUUAUUAUACCUUUUAUAUAGCGCUACUUUCAUGCUUAUAGCAUGCUCAGAGCGCUUUUGGUCCAAUCUCAUUUGUGGACCAGUGGGGGUGAGGUGGUAUCUAGGAGUUGGUUUUCUGUGCUGCCUUUAGGCAUUCAGUUAACACAACUCUGCCCGAGUCGGAUGUCGAACCUCGAGCCCCCUUCUAGGUAGCCAAGCCAAGCCUCUCGACCACACUUCCCUCAUAUUUCCCAGCAAGGGCAUCCAAUAGACCUCAAGCUUACUUUGUGAUGCCUUGUCUCUUUCAGUGUAACUUUUCAUUAGUCCCAUGUACUUUAAUUCUGUAAAGUUUCCCAGUGAAAUUUUAAAGUUCAUUAAACAGGCGACUUAAGAGUUUAUUUGGCUUGCAGUUGGGGUGAUUGUUUUUUUUACAGUGUUCAACAGAUGCCAGUAGACAGGUGAAUGUCCAACAGAUGUCAGGUAGCUAGGUGAAUGUCUAAUGAAUGUCAAGUAGAUAGCUGAAUGUCCAACAGAUGUAAGUAGAUAGAUGAAUGUCCAGCAAAUGUCAGGAGAAUGUCCAACAUAUGUCAGGUAGAUAUGUGAAUGUCCAAUAAAUGUCAGGUGAGGUGCUAGGUGAACAUGUCUCCUUUAGAUUUUUCAACCCUUUGUUGGGUAAUACUAAGCUUUGAUCCAAACCAGAAUUGUAUUAUGAUGACAUUGUCUCGUUAUUAACAAAACAAUAAGGAAUUUUAUAUAUAUAUAUAUAAAUACAUAUAUAUAUAUAUAUAUAAAUACAAAGAGAACAUACAUUAAGAAAUCAUUUGUUUAUAUGAACCAGCAGCACUGAUAUAUAUUUUCAACUUGUUCAUGUGAAGCAGCAGCUCUGAAGAAGUCUUACUGAGUUGGUGCCAAAGACACUACCUUCUCUGUCUCCAC